AUGGGUUCACGUGUCGAAUCGUUCACUUCCUUCCACUGGAUAUCUCUUUCCGCCUCAUCCUUCCACUCGCUGCCGCCUGUUGCAGUUUUUUGA